GAUCUUAAUCAGAAUUCAAACGAUCAAAUGGGAGAAUACGGUUCAUCAAAGUCUCCUGCAUCGGGCUCAUCAACACUUAUGCCGCCAUCGUUAGAUUCGCUCAAGUCUGGAAUGCGAGGUGAAUCUUAUGUGCCAGCUUGGCUGAAAUCACUACGCCUCCACAAGUAUACGGCGAUGUUCGCUGAACUUAGCUACGAAGAAAUGAUGAAGCUUGAUGAGGCUGAACUUGAAAGGAGAAAUGUAACCAAAGGUGCACGUACAAAAAUUCUGCAAUCGAUACGAAAGUUGUAUUGUCGCAGACUAUCGUUGUCACAUCCACAACGAUGUCUUCGCUGUGCCAUUGCGACAUUACGCCAGAUGAUUGCCACUCCAAUGAUUCCAUAUACACCAACACCUGGUGAAAAUUCUGAUUGUGUACACGGCUUUGUGUGCAUAUCCUAUAUAAACAAUCAGAAUCUGCCCGGUCUAAUUUUCAACCUUCUUGGUGAAAUUCAAAAAGCAGUAUUCAUGUCUGGACGCCAACCGAUUGAUAUCGAAUACGAGUAUCUACUGAUGCUCUUCUCCAUAUAUGAUAAACUUAACAACAAUGAGGCUUUUACUCCAGUCCAGAAGCAACGCGUUCAUCAAUGGAAACGCCUGGCACGAAAGGCAAUCCGUCCGGCAGAUGUACGUCACCAGAGAGUUGGUCUCCCUCACUCGGGAAAAUGUGAAAUUUGCCACCACAAGGUAAGCAUUUUCGGCGAUAGAUUAAUCAAUAGUGGUAAAACUUUCUAUACUUGGGUCGUGAGCAGUAAGGCAUCCUUCGGAGGAAGCUCAGGCGUUUUUUAG